CUUCGGCUUGGCAUCUCCACCCUUCCUUCCUUCCUCGCCUGGCGUUCCCACCCCCUGCCACCUCGCCCGCUCCCGGCUCCUCCCCCCUCGGCCGUCCUGCUCUGGUCGCGGCGGAGCCGCCAGAUCUGGGCCACGGGUGCCAGCCCAGCCGGCGGGCGGCGGGACGGAGGGCUGCGGGAUGAAGUCGUCGCUGAGGAGCCGGCAGGAGCCGCGGCGGGUCAGCAACGGCGUCAUCAUCGGCGCCAUGCUGCUAUCCCUCUGCGUCCUCAGCAUCGUCAAGGCCAGAUACUGCGCCACCCCCUUCGGCAAGGCCGAGGACCAGCUCCAGGAGCAGAUGAACUCCAGCAUCCGGAUGGAGCCGGAGGAGUCGUCGCCGGCCAGGACGCCCGGAGAGGAGGAGGAGGAGGACGACGGAGAGAAUGGGGCGUCGGCCACCACCACCACGGCGCCCGCGGUGACGAAAACGCCGGCGGCCGUCGCGGCCGGCGGCAACAGGGGCAAGGGCAAGCCCACGUGCUACAUGACGAGCAAGCGCUCGGAGCGGUGCGACGCGUCCGGUGACAUCCGUGUGGACGGGAACCGCUCCACCAUCUACGUCAGCGGGAUAGACCGGGAGUGGAAGACCAAGCCGUACGCGCGCUACCACGACCCGGUCGCCAUGGCCCACGUCCGCGAGUACACCCUCAAGCCGCUCCCGGAGGCGGCGCCGGCGCCGGCGUGCACCCGGAACCACUCCGUCCCGGGCUUCCUCUUCUCCAACGGCGGCUUCUCCGGCAACCUGUACCACGACUACACGGACGUGCUGGUGCCGCUGUUCAUCAGCACGCACCAGUUCCGGGGCCGGGUGCAGUUCCUGCUGAGCGGGAUGAAGCCGUGGUGGGUGGCCAAGUUCACGCCCUUCUUCCGGCAGCUGACCCGGUACGACGUCAUCGACGUGGACAACGACCAGGAGGUGCACUGCUUCCCCCGGAUCGUGGUCGGCGCCACCUUCCACAAGGACAUGGGCGUGGACCCGCGGCGGUCGCCGGGCCACGUCUCCGUGGUGGACUUCAAGCGCGCGCUGCGCCGCGCCUUCGGCCUUCCGCGCGAGGCCGCCUCCCGCGGCGGCGCCACGGGGCGCGGCAAGCCCCGGCUGCUGAUCAUCUCGCGCCGCGGCUCCCGGCGGUUCCUGAACGAGCGGGAGAUGGCGCGCGCCGCGGCGGGCGCCGGGUUCGAGGUGCGCGUGGCGGAGCCCGACCAGCACACGGACACGGCCGCGUUCGCGGCGCUGGUGAACUCGGCGGACGUGAUGGUGGGCGUGCACGGCGCCGGGCUGACCAACAUGGUGUUCCUGCCCCGCGGCGCCGUGCUCGUCCAGGUUGUGCCGUUCGGCGGGCUGGAGUGGCUCACGGGCGUCACUUUCAAGGACCCCGCCGCGGACAUGGAGGUGAGCUACAUGGGCUACGACGUGACGCUGGAGGAGAGCUCGCUGAUCGACCAGUACCCGAGGAACCACCAGGUGCUCACGGACCCCUACGCCGUGCACAAGCAGGGCUGGGACGCGCUCAAGGCGGCGUACCUGGAUAAGCAGAACAUCCGGAUGGAUCUCGACAGGUUCAGGGCCACGCUGAGGGAGGCCAUGAGCCGGUUGCCGCCGGCUCCGUGACCGGCCGCCGUGCCCCGGCCCGGAGGUAGAUAGGUUGGUGUAUCUAUCGUCCCCGUUGUCAUGCUCUCAACAAGUUGACUUAAUCUUCUUCUUCUUCGUCCCCCUUUUUAUUUUUAUUUUGUCACUAGCAAGAUUCUUUUGGUCCAUUGUUUUGUUGUGUUGUUUACUGCUGCUACAUAAGGAAUCAAUCUCAUGGGAAGAUGAUGAGCAGAAGCAAAGCAAUACCAGGUUGCUGUUAUAAAUUAUAUAUAUAUGCAGUGAGAAAGGCCAGCUGAAUCCGGCACUGGUGUUGAUUUGU